AGAACCUCUCUCUGGAUUCUAGUGGCUUCUCUUCUCCCCCUGUGAACUUCCUUCAAGAAUUGCCGAGCUACCGGUCCAUUGCACGCAGGAGGACAAGCUUCCUUUCCCGGGACAAGCAAAGUGGCACUUUGCUGAAGCCAACAGACUCUUUCGUCUCCCAGGUGGAGAGAGGAAUCUCUGAAAACCUCAGUAGCCAGUCCAUUCGAAAGUAUGCGCUGAACAUCUCGGAGAAACGGAGACUAAGGGACAUUCAGGAGACCCAAAUGAAGUACCUGUCUGAGUGGGACCAGUGGAAACGGUACAGCAGCAAGUCUUGGAAAAGGUUCCUGGAGAAGGCCCGUGAGAUGACGACCCACCUGGAGCUGUGGCGGGAGGACAUUCGCAGCAUAGAAGGGAAGUUCGGCACUGGGAUUCAGUCCUAUUUCUCCUUCUUGCGGUUCCUGGUGUUGCUGAACUUAGUGAUAUUUUUAAUCAUCUUCAUGCUGGUUUUGCUCCCAAUCUUGCUCACCAAAUACAAGAUCACCAACAGCACCUUUGUGCUCAUUCCGCUCAAAGACAUGGAUAUACAGUGUACAGUGUAUCCGAUAAGUAGUUCUGGACUGAUUUACUUUUAUAGUUACAUCAUAGACUUGCUUUCUGGCACUGGUUUCUUGGAGGAGACCAGCCUUUUUUAUGGACAUUACACCAUUGACGGGGUGAAAUUUCAGAACUUCACUUAUGACCUGCCUCUGGCCUAUUUGUUAAGUACAAUUGCCUACCUGGCCCUGAGCCUUCUCUGGAUAGUGAAAAGGUCUGUGGAAGGGUUCAAAGUCAACCUGAUUCGGAGCGAGGAGCACUUCCAGAGCUACUGCAACAAGAUCUUUGCGGGCUGGGACUUCUGCAUCACCAACCGCAGCAUGGCUGACCUGAAGCACAGCAGCUUGCGGUACGAGCUCCGAGCAGAUCUGGAGGAAGAAAGAAUUCGGCAGAAGAUAGCAGAAAGGACCUCAGAAGAAAAGCUACGCAUUUACUCUUUGAGACUCUUUUUGAACUGUAUUGUUCUGGCUGUUCUAGCUGCGUGCUUUUAUGCCAUCUAUAUAGCAACUAUCUUCUCGCAAGAACACAUGAAAAAAGAAAUUGACAAGAUGGUUUUUGGAGAGAACCUCUUGAUACUGUACCUACCGUCUAUUGUGAUCACGCUGGCCAAUUUUAUCACCCCACUGGUCUUUGCCAAGAUCAUUCACUAUGAGGAUUACUCCCCAGGCUUUGAGAUACGACUGACAAUCCUUAGGUGCGUCUUCAUGAAGCUGGCCACCAUCUGUGUGCUGGUGUUCACGCUGGGCUCCAAGAUCACCUCGUGCGGUAACGACACGUGCGAGCUCUGUGGCUACAACCAAAGACUGUACCCAUGCUGGGAGACCCAAGUCGGGCAGGAAAUGUACAAGCUGAUGAUCUUCGACUUCAUCAUCAUCUUGGCUGUGACACUGUUUGUGGAUUUUCCUAGGAAGCUGCUGGUGACCUACUGUUCCUCCUGGAAGCUGAUUCAGUGCUGGGGACAGCAGGAGUUCGCCAUCCCGGAUAACGUCCUGGGGAUCGUUUAUGGUCAGACGAUUUGCUGGAUCGGAGCCUUUUUCUCGCCCCUUCUCCCUGCCAUUGCAACCUUGAAAUUCAUUAUCAUCUUUUAUGUGAAGGAGUUGAGUCUUCUUUAUACCUGCAGACCCUCUCCGAGGCAGUUCAGAGCAUCCAAUUCUAAUUUCUUCUUCCUGCUGGUGUUGUUGAUUGGGCUGUGUUUGGCAAUAAUACCUCUGACGAUCAGCAUGUCACGCAUUCCUUCCUCAAAAGCCUGUGGGCCAUUCACCAACUUCAACACCACCUGGGAUGUCAUCCCCAAGACGGUGAGCACCUUCCCCAGCUCGCUGCAGUCCUUGGUCCAUGGCAUCACGUCAGAGGCCUUCGCGGUGCCUUUUUUCAUGAUCAUCUGCCUCGUGAUGUUCUACUUCAUUGCCCUCGCUGGAGCACACAAACGGGUGGUCGACCAGCUCCGAGAGCAGCUGUCCCUGGAAAGUCGUGACAAGCGCUAUCUAAUCCAGAAACUCACAGAAGCCCAGAGAGAAACCAGGAGCCCACAAGAAUGACGGUGGGAUGCUGCCGCCUGCUGCUCUAAGCUGACUGCGUGACUGUCAAGCUGCCAAGUCCACCUGGGUUUUAUGCGGAAAUUUCUAAAUAUAUUUUUUUGGAGUUUAGGCUUCUGCUGAAAGGGGCUCCGUAUGCGCAGGUGUGGCGGACAUGUUUACACGUGUUUACCUGACGCGGCCUGUUUAGUGACGCAGAAACACGGGAGGCACAACCAUCUCUUCCAUAGAGCAGCAGCUCGGCCAUGAUUCACCAGGAAACUAGCGUAUUAUGCCAUUCUAGCCCUCACACCAAAAAUCAAGGAGGAGAGACUUCUGGUUUUCACACGCUUAUUUGUGUGGUCUUCCAAUUCACUGGAGAGGUGGGCUGUUUCUUUGGACCAUGUUCUAGGGGUCUAGGCCAAGGCGUGCUCCUGAUGCAGUGACCCCUUUGAAUGGCUCUAUUAAAGAGAAACCUGAAUUUUUUUUUUUAAAUGAAGAGAAAUCCUUGAAUAUUGAUGUUUGGAACUGAAGGUGAGACCACAGAGAGGACGGUUAAUAAUUUCAGCUCCAUGUUUGUAGCAGGAGAGAGAGAAGCCUGUCCCUGCCAUGUGAAUAAGCCUCCCAAUGCCCUCGAUCAAACCCCCCAGGGCGGGGACUGUUGCAGGGUGCCAGCCUUGUUCACUUCCUGGGCAUUGUGCUGGAGCCUUACUUAUGACUCAGGGGAAAGCUGCCCCCCAGAAGGCUGGUUAUCCACCUGCCUUCAGUUCUCAUCGGUCUUGAGUUCAGAGACUGGCAGAGGACACCCCCCCCCCCGCCCCUACCCCAUGCCUUCAAAACCUGCAGGCAGGCAAAGCGUGUCUCCCAGUCUGACAAAUGUCGUUUCCUUUCAUGGGCUACAGUGAGAUCUUGGUUUCUGAGGGACACUUACUACAGAGCCAGGCUGGAAGGCGCUGCUUUGAGCCAUGGGUUUAUGUGCAUUAAGUGCUUUGGGAUGUGGGUUACGGGUCAACCAGUUCUUCAGACUAGUUAGUUUGUGAAUGUGUACCAUGCCGAAUUGGAUGCUGGUUUUGUAAAUAUACAUACCCACAUUUUUAAGGGCUUUCGUUUGUUUUCCUGUGCAUGGAAACAUUAAAUGCCUGUGCCUUUAUUUUAUAAAACACACAGAAUAUCUCUUAAGAUUUCCGUUACAGGAAAAACCAUAUGCAAUAAAUACCUCAUUAUAAGUUAAUUUGAAGUGGAUAGCUAGGAACCUUUUAAUAGAAGCCUAAGUUUUUACUGAAUAUGAUCAGUUUCAUUUCAGUAUCUUUAAAAUCUUUUUCAUAAGGGGUCGUGUGAGCUUUCCUUCCAUCGUUUUCCUCCUUUUCCCUGCUCCAAACCUUUCCUGGGGGAUAGCCUGGAACAGAAAGUUGGAUGCAGAUUUUAAUAAGCUGCUACUGUUAAGAGUAACUCCUACCCCAACUUGAUUCCUCCACCACUCAAAAAUGAUUGGCUCUUUGCUCUGAAGAGCAAAAUCAGCUUGCCCUAUUCCUGUCCCUUUGCCACUGCUGUUUUCUUGUUCUUUCACAAAGAUUGUAUUAACAUGGUAUAUUUUUGUACCUGUGAGGCCAAUGAGCUUUUCAGUCUAUUCCCAUCUUGUUAAGGUUAAUUAGUUUCUAAAUAUAGUACUAGCAUCAUGGAAUUUUGACUAACCAAAAGCCCAUUCCAUCCCCACUUUAAAAACAAAUUUGAAUGGUAAGCACUUGUGCCGAGUACUUUAAUUUAUGUAAUUUCUUACCACACCAGGCUUGUGAGGACAUUCAUGUUUUCUGUGUGUGUGUGUGUGUGUGUGUGUGUGUGUGUGUGUGUGUGGCAGGUGGCGGGUGGUACAUGAUGGACACAGUGAAAAUAUAUUGCUCUGUUCUCUCUGCCGGUUAUAAAACUGAUACUGAAAUAUGUUAAAUAACACGUUAGUUUUAGUUCAAUACGAAUGUGCAUACCUCUUCAAUUUUUUAUAUGUUUUUAUAACUUCAGGUGAUAUCUGUGUAAUUUUUAUUUUUAAAGUGGCGUUCUCUCUAACAGAUGUGUGCUAAAACUACUGAUUAAA